UCCGCGGGCCUCUGAGGGAGCACGGCCCUUGAUUUCGGCGGGGGGGGCGGGGGGGGGGGGAGGGAUCCUGCAGGGCCGUGAAUGAGUGUGCGGCGUCAGGCCGGGGUCGAAACCCCAGUCCCCUCAGGUGCGGGCUCACAGACGGAAACACGGCUGAAGAAGUAGUUACCCUGAGCUGUGUUUAACUUGCUCCAGGAAGCAGCCGUGAGCGCCUGCUGUGUGCAGAGUGAGGGAGCGCCAGGGGAGGCACCGCAGCCUUUAAGGAGACUGCUGUCAGCAGGAGGACCUCAGGUAGCCCUGGAGGACAUACUUGGCUUCUGUGACUUGCCCUCUGCCUCUCACACCUGCCCAAAUUCGAAAGGAAACUUCCAGUACAAUAGAGCCUUGGUGAGUCCCACGCAGCAGAACGCCUUGGGUCGGGCAACGCGUUCACAGAGCCUGUGUUCGAGGAUCGCUCCCCCGAGACACACCCAGCAGUCUUGGAGGCUCGGAAGCCCUGGGCCUCGGUGUCACCUUGUGUCACUCUGACGAACGCAGGAGGAGCUCACUCCUCUCCUGCCAGGAAGUGCACGUAGGCCGCAAGCAGAGCCGGGACUCUGACCUGCCCGCUGUCCGGACACAAGCUCUGCAGGACCGUUCAGGUCACAGACCGCGGAGGGGAAGGGGAGGUAGCCGCUGCCCAGGACAAAGGGCCUGAGGGGCAUAGGCACAGUCUCGGGGGAGGCAGAGCCUGAGAGGGGAGGCAGAGGACGCUGCCCUCUUGCUUCCUGCCCCUCCUAGAUCCUGAAAGGGAGGAGUUUUGCUCUGGCAGCUGCCGUUAAACCUGUUUGUUUGGCCACCGGCCACACACCUGAAGGAAGAGGAGAAAGAGACCCUCCAGGUUGGGGGCUGUAUCAGGAAUGGCUGCCACCUUUCUUCCGAGCCUUCUGUAGAAUCCCAAAGAUGGCCCAAGAAGGUCCCACCUGCCCUUCGGUCUGAUGCCCGUCCAGCCCUCCAACCACCUGGAAUGGAAUGAGCCUAUGCACUCCCUCCGGAUAAGUGUGGGGGGCCUUCCGGUGCUGGCGUCCAUGACCAAGGCGGCGGACCCCCGCUUCCGCCCCCGCUGGAAAGUGAUCCUGCCGUCCUUUGUGGGUGCUGCUGUCCUCUGGCUGCUCUACUCCCACCGCCCACCCCCAGGCCGGCCCCCUGCACCCAACGCGCACAGCUGGAGGCUCAGUCAGGUGCCUGCUGACCGGUACAAUGACACCUACCCCCUGUCUGCCCCCCAGAGGACGCCGGGCGGGACUCGGUACCGAAUCGCAGUUAUUGCCGACUUGGACACAGAGUCUAGAGCCCAAGAGGAAAAUACCUGGUUCAGUUACCUGAAGAAGGGCUAUCUGACCCUGUCAGACAGCGGGGACAAGGUGGCCGUGGAGUGGGACAAAGGCCACGGGAUCCUCGAGUCCCACCUAGCUGAAAAGGGGCGGGGCAUGGAGCUGUCUGAGCUCAUCGUCUUCAAUGGGAGACUCUACUCUGUGGACGACCGGACCGGGGUCAUCUACCAGAUCGAGGGUACCAGAGCCGUGCCGUGGGUGAUUCUGUCCGAUGGCGAUGGAACCGUGGGGAAAGGCUUCAAAGCCGAGUGGCUGGCUGUGAAGGACGAGCAUCUGUAUGUGGGCGGCCUGGGCAAGGAGUGGACCACCAGCUCGGGGGAGGUGAUGAAUGAAAACCCGGAGUGGGUGAAGGUGGUGGGCUGCAGAGGCAGCGUGGACCACGAGAACUGGGUGUCCAGCUACCAUGCUCUGCGGGCCGCUGCAGGGAUCCAGCCUCCAGGCUACCUCAUUCACGAAUCCGCCUGCUGGAGCGACACGCUGCAGCGCUGGUUCUUCCUGCCGCGCCGGGCCAGCCACGAGCGGUACAGCGAGAAGGACGACGAGCACCGGGGCACCAACCUGCUGCUGAGCGCCGCGCAGGACUUCGGCCGCAUCUCCGUCAGCCGCGUCGGGGACGUGGUCCCCACGCACGGCUUCUCCUCCUUCAAGUUCAUCCCCAACACCGACGACCAGAUCAUCGUGGCCCUCAAGUCUGAGGAGGACGGGGGCAAGGUCGCCACCUACAUCAUGGCUUUCACGCUGGACGGCCGUUUCCUCCUGCCUGAGACCAAGAUCGGCAACGUGAAGUACGAAGGAAUAGAGUUUAUUUAAACGGACAAACGCAGACCAGCGAGGCCCAGAGGUGGACAGUUUUCAGCUCCAUCAGGACUCAAAUUCCAUAAAAACCAGAGACCGCACUUUUCUGUGGUGUUUUGUUUUGCUUUCUUUUCCUUUUCGAGCUCCACGGUGUUUGCCUGGUUCAAGGAGUUCAGCCCCAGGGUGCGUGGCGUGGCGCAGCCCAGAGUCCCUGGAGCUGGGGACCGGCUUGGCCCCAUGGGGCACCGACCCGUGGGCGCUGCCAUCUGGUGGCGGGAGCCGUCCCUGCGGGCACCCUGAGCUGGCCCCGGAACCUGGCCCUGGCCUUCCUCCCUCCGACCUCUUUCUCUUUCUGUUCGUUCCUCCGCCCAGUGAAUCGUGCGCCCCUGCUGUGCACCCAGCACUGUGCCCCUCUGGGAAGGAGACAGCGAGUCCGAAGUGGACCGGCAGGUCAGACACUCCCAGGCCACCUCCUUCUUCCUUCGUGAGCCUCGUGCAUUAAAUCCAGCUCUCCUGGGAAAGCGUCUGUCUGCACUGCAGAGAAUCGCAGGGCUGGCGGGUGAGGGCGCUCCAGGGACGCCUCCCUCCGGGUUCUGCCGGCAAGAACGCCGGCUUGUCCUCAGCCUCGCGUCAGUCUCCGCGUCGCCUGGCCGAGUCCAGUGCUCCCUUCGGGGAAACUUCUGUGGCCGUGCGGCACUUUGAAGUUGUAAUUAUUAACUUAUUUUAAUCAAACCAAUUUCCUUUCUUGGAAUCACCAAAUCUGAUCGCACAGAGCAAAGUCCCACAGUCAACAACUUCGUUUCCAGCGCGCGAGAUUGGCGUUAAGUUCUGACCGUUGGUAAGAUAAGAUUUUAACGUUUCCCAGUCCUUGGUCAGAGGAUACAAAGGUGAAGCGAUGCUUCUUACGACCAGCUCCCAGAGCUUGUCAUGCCCUGAAAGGCUUCCACAAAUGUUAUCUUGUGCUUCCUGACCCAAGUGGGACCCUACGUCCUGCCACACUCGCCCUGGGUCCCGGCUGCGGGGCUCUGUCCUCCAGAGGGUAUACCGGUGAUGCCUGCCUGGCCCCAUGGCUUCUGUCCCCGACCUUUUGUUCCCCCUUCCCUGAGGAGCUUCGCAGUCUUUUCUUCUGGAAACUUCGCACAAACCCUGCCUGUCUGCAUCCUUUGGCCUCUUCUCCGUGCUCCAGGGCGAAGGCAGAGGGUUAGGACAGGUGAGGCCGGACCAUCAGCCCAUAGAGCCCCUCCCCUGAAGCUUCCUCUCCCCUCAGGAGGAUGUGGGGGGUGAGGGGAUGGCCUCGGAACGGCCGUCAGACUUUCCCACAGACUCUACGAAGGAGCCCAGUGAGGGUCCGUCUUGUGCUGCCGUGUGUUUCUUCCACGGCGGGACGGGCAGCGGAAGAAUGUGACACGAUUCUCUGGAACUCGGCUCCCGCUGAACACAGCCUGAAAGACUCGAGUCUUUUGUGACUUUGCCUGGCCGGGCUCCCGGACCCACGUCCUUGAUGAAUGUCACUGAUGCAGGGGCUGUGUGAGUUUUUAGGACAGAGGCGGAAUUAGGAAAGUCGGAGGGCUCGGAACAGUCACCAAGUUGAGACCUUUAAGCCAUGGCCUAGGUGCCCUGAAGAGCAUUCGAGCUGUCCGUGAUUUUCAGCUCUUUAAACUGAGAGGAGUUUUGGUUUCUUGUAUCUGCUACUGUCCCCGGAAGGAUUGUGUUCUUCCAACUGGAGCCGUUGUUUUGUAAACAAUAAAGUGCCAGAGGGGACUGUGA